CUACAUAAUAAUCCGAGUAAGUGAAGAUAUAUAUAGUUACUUCUACGUGUGAAACAAUAACAGCAAUAUGGCCGGUUUAUCGAGGAAUGAGAAGUAAUUGGUAGCUGAAAAUAAUCACCGCCGGGUGAUGAUAAAUGGCCAAGAAUAUAAGGUGGAGGACUUCUGGGAUCAAAAUAAACAAAGUGAACAACUUAUGAAAGAUCUGGUUGAGGCAAUUCGAAGACAGUUAGGUCGUGGGAAAGAUGCCCGAGGAAGUUCAGGUAAAAGCGCCAAAAGUAAAAAUGCAAGACCAAAAUCGGCACCAAUGCCGCUUUGGAUAAUUCCAAUUGGUAUUACUGUUUUAGGGAUCAGUACCGGUAUUCUUGUCAAGGCACUGUUGUCAGGAAGGAAGAAGUACUGUAGUAUGUUCAUAUUAGAACCAAGACUUAUCAUGCGUGCAUGUAAUUUCAAAUUUUCUCACUUUCAAACAUCAGCAAGUUAAAUUUCGUGGAUUCUCUUGUGGCCGGCCGUCUCUAGGAGGCCAUAAUUAUGUAGGGUGACUAAUAUGUUCAA